CGGUUAACAAUCGAGCAGUUAUCUAGCCUUAUCUUGACCUCUCUAUUAUUCAUCGAAUGCUUAAAGGUACUUAACGCCACAAUUUAUUGGUCGAUCAGAGGUGGAAUAUGUAAUUUUCAGUUAUCGCGAUCCAUCAAAAAUGUUUUGGCAGUGCUGCAGGAGGUCCAACGCGGAUUAUUCCACUAGGAAUGGGCAAGAUGAUUCGAAAAAACAAAACAAAAACGGAUCCCAGGAAUCGUACGACAUGGAUGUCAGGAUAAGUAGUAUAAGCACCAUUUCCAACGAUUCCCUGAAUUCAAAUCGUAACGGAUUCAUCCCCGUAUCCGCAAAAGUGGGACGCGUCCGUACGAGUUCAUCAUCGAGCGUCAAAAGUGCAGAAUCUUUUUAUAGUGUGAAAUCCAGUGCAACCAGUGCACGCGGAGAUGGAGACUUUUACAGCAUUUGCAGCGUAGAUUCAUUUAAAAGUACGUAAUUGUAAAUUCUCUUUGUGCAGUGUCGUUUUUUAUCUCAAGUGGUGUUUGUUUGCCGUUCAAACGAUGCUGCUUUACGUAAAACGACCUGCCUGCAGCUGUACAUAUUAUAAGGCUCUCUCAACACGUUAAUGUAAUUCAAACUUUGAACAUGAAUAAUUAAUAUACAUUGAAAAAAUGUCACUUUAUAAAGGAUUAGGUAUUUCUGAUCUGAUUAUAUUUUGUCUGUGAAUACAUACUCAACGAAUUUAAAUAUGUAGGUACCAUUCAUAAUAUUGUAUAUAGAUACAUUUUACAUUAAAGUAUUGUAAACUUUAUUGAAAACUAUUAAAUUAAAUGUAUGUUUAGUAUUAUAUAUUUUAUACACCAAUAGCAAAUAAAUAUUU